CUUUGAUUAAAAAUCUAUAUAAAAAUAAACACCAACGUGUGUAGACUUCACCAAAAACCUUUCAAACCCAUUAACCCAAAUGGCUCGAUCAUCUGAAUUUGCGUCUACUGUUACAAUGGCUAUUGUCAUGACAGUUUUAUGCUUGUUUCUAUCCAACAGCAAGAGCUAUGCCCGAAGACCGGCCACCUAUUAUGUUGGAGGCGAAUUCGGUUGGGACACAAUUAUUCCGAUGGACUCUUGGGCGCAAAACAAAACCUUUUAUGCUGGCGAUAUUCUUGUAUUCAAAUACGAUUAUCAGAUCAGCAAUUUGGUGGUGGUAAGCCGAAUCGGUUAUGAAACAUGCAUACCGAACGCUGGAUCGAAAGAGUAUGAGUCUGGUAACGAUAGGAUCCAACUUCCUUAUGGUGACAGCUAUUACAUCGGGACAUAUAAUGAAUAUGAUUGUGCCAACGGUGAGAAGAUGGCCAUCAAAGCAUUGGCUCCAAAGUAAAAGAACUAAUUAGUUGAAGGCAUUAUUCUUACUGUUUGAGUUAUAAAUUUGUAAUAAUUCAUGCAUUCAAACACCGAGAAUGAUAAAGACCGAAACUUUUUAAAGAUUUAAUAUGAGAAAUUUAUAAAGAAAUUUAUAAGCAUUAUGUAUGCUAAGACAAAUAAGAAGACCAUCCACAA